ACCUUUGGCAGUUAUCUUUUAAUCCAUAGGUGGUCAACUGGCUACCUGAAUUCUCAAUGGUUAUGAGGAAUGGAAAAUACAGUUUAAACAUUUAGCAGUUAAAACAAAACAAAUGAAUAUAUGUGUUCCAAGUUGCACAUUCACAAUUUUUGCACUGUGUUAUGAUUAAGUUUCAAUGAUUAAUGGACUAGAAUAUAUACCUACAUUUUUGUUUUUGGUGCAUUAAAACAGUUUUUCCAAAAGUAUUCAAUUAGUUGUGAACCCUAUCAUUCAUUAUGGGGAGUAAAUGGAGAUUAUCCAUCUCAUAGUACUUUGUCAUUAAUUCUGCAGUUGCUUUAGAGUUAGGGUUAGGCCAAAUCUGGUUGUCCCGUCUAAAGACAAGUUGUAAUUUCCACCCUUGAAAAAUACUAACACAAGAGCUGCCUCCAAACACUCACACACACAAUUAUGUGUAAUACUCCAUACAUACAGUGCCCUCCAAAAGUAUGGUCACUAGACAAAUUUGUUAUGUUUGCUAUAUGGUUAAGGCAUCCGGAUUUGAGACUGAAAAGACAAAUAUGAAUCAAAAUUAUAGACAAUCAGCUUUUAUUUUGUGGUAUUUGCAUGGGUAAGUUUUACCAUUUUACAGAAACACCUAUUUUUGUUUUGAGCCCCCCAUUGUUGCACUGUAUGUGUAACAAGCACGGAACCGUCCAGACCCACGGCGCAAUUCACUUCCGCAUUUUAGCUGGUACCACCUGUGCGUGCGUCCUACUAAACGAAGCACCACCUGCGCAUGCGUCCCACAAAACGUCCCUCAAAGGUCGUCCGUAAGUGAGUGACCACAAUUUGCCAUGCAUAACCCACGGCAGCAGUUCCUGCGUGCCGUGGGGAAAAGACAAACAGCCCUGAAACAAUAAAAUACACUAAAACUACAGAACUAUAAGCGUGUUCAACCCCAUGGUCCAUAAUCUGAAUGUAAUUCAUGUGGAGUAUUGAAAUUGCAGAUGAAAUGUAAUGUGAGCUUGUAAAUUGGUAAUCCAGGUCAGUGUUAAGACAUCUCAUUUGAAUUCACUGUCAUCAACAUUCCAUUUUGCAAAGUUGUUCCCUUUGGAGUGUGAGUAUCUUAACUUUUUUGUCAGUUUUAUUCUUACAAUACUGCAAAAUGCUUACUUCCUUUUCUCACUCCAAAACUACAGCAAGACUGGCUAAAGUGCUUUCACUGAUCAUAGGAAUUGGGACUAAAGGAGUGAAAUAUAUUAUCAAAACUUAAUUUAGCGAGUAAUGUUGGCAACCUAGAGCUUUAACUGUGCAUAGCACUGUUGUGUUUCAGGCUAAAUUUUUGAGGAUAAUCUGUAAACUGAUUUGGCUGCACUGGCUUUUCCAUGCCUAGAUUUCAAUUAUAUCUGUUUUCUACAUAUUCUCCCACCCCGGGGUAAACUUUAAAGAGCCAAGGGUCAGACCAGAAUUGGUUUUGUUCACUGGGUAGGAUAGAGUGGAAUAUCUUUGGUAGAUGAAAUGAAAAAGGGUGAAGCCAAAUAUCACCAUCCACCUUAAUUAUAGGUACUCCAACUUCACCAGAUAGCCUAAAUUGUUCAGGGCUGAAUGAGGGUGUGCAAAUGGUCAAUGGGAGAUGAAGAGUUUAGGGAGGAGUGGGAAUUAGCGGUAUCACCACUCUACUCUAGUAUAUAAUGGGUCCCCUCCAUUUAUUUUUUUUCUUCUCUCUACCUGCCACUGUCUUGACGUGUGAACAGAAUAUGUGGCCUUAAGUCCAUAUUCAGGAACCCUUUACCUGGCCAGUUCAGCACAAGGAGUUUGACACUGAAGCACCAAACCAAUUACACAGUAAGACAGGAGAUUAGAGGCAGGGAUUUUCCUCAAAUGGGAUCAGGCCGAUUAGCGGGUUUAGGAUGACGUACUGCAACUUCGAUUUGAUCGCUCAGAUCGGCAGCAAGCCGCCUCCCUUUGCAGGAAAAGAACCAGAAGAAAAUGGUUGUGUAGCCUGCGAUCCCACCUGUUUGUGCUAAUUUAUGUGGAAAAAAAUUAUCUUUUUUGGUGACCAAGGCCCCAGUCACCUACGCUAUGGGUUUUCCUGACAUUUGGGUGGUCAGAAUGGGUGUGAAGAGGAAGACCCUCACAAAAGUACCUUCUGCAGCUCCCUUCGGGAACGGAUUACAAAUUUUUGUCUGAGGUUCUCUUUUUGUGCCGUUGCGUUUUUAAAAAUUGUUGCUGAAAAAAAAAACGAACAGAUAUUUAUUUACUUUGAACUGUAAAUCUCUGUUUCUUAUUUUGUGUGUGAUUUGGGCAGGAGACAUUUGGAGCAAAAAUGGUGCUCAUGAAAGUGAAAUUCGACCUGAAGAAGCGAGUGAAGCUAGCCCAGGGGCUGUGGCUCAUGUACUGGCUAGCCGUGAUGGCUGGCGUGCUGAUCUUCAGCAUGGGGCUCUUCUUUAAGAUCGAGCUGCGCAAGCGGAGCGAGAUGAUGGACAAUAACGAGAGCCACUUUGUCCCCAACCUGCUGAUCCUGGUGGGUCUGCUGGCCUGCGGGGUCAACGCCUUCGGCGGGAAGGUCUGCCACGACUCCCUGGAUGCCACCAAGUUCGGCAAAUGGAAGCCCAUGAUCAAGCACUUCCUGUGUGGCUGCAUCCUCUUCAACGUGCUCCUCUUCAUCACGGCGCUCCUCUGCUUCUGCCUGCGCCUGUCGCUCCAGUCCACGCUGGCCGAGGGGCUGAAGAAUGGCAUGAAGUACUACAAGGACACGGACACGCCCGGGCGCUGCUUCAUGAAGAAGACCCUGGACAUGAUGCAGAUCGAGUUCCGCUGCUGCGGGAACAACAACUACAAGGACUGGUUUGAGAUCCAGUGGAUCAGCAACCGCUACCUGGACUUCAGCUCCAGUGAGGUGAAAGAUCGUGUCUUGAGUAACGUGGAGGGGAAGUUCCUGAUGGACGGAGUCCCGUUCAGCUGCUGUAACCCCAACUCCCCUCGGCCCUGCAUCCAGUUCCAGCUCACCAACAACUCCGCCCACUAUGACUACGACCACCACACCGAGGAGCUCAACAUCUUCACGCGCGGUUGCCGAGAUGCCCUGCUGUCCUACUAUGGGGGCAUGAUGAACAGCAUUGGGGCACUGGUGCUGCUUUUCACCGUCCUGCAGGUGGCAGUAACAGUGGGGUUGAAGUACCUGGGCACAGCACUGGAAACCAUUUCAAACCCUGAAGACCCGGAGUGUGAGAGUGAGGGCUGGCUGCUGGAGAAGAGCGUGAAGGAGACCCUCAAAGGCUACAUGGAGAAAAUCAAAUUACUCUCGGGCAAGGUGGAGGAUGGGGCAGGGGGGGAGGCGCAGGGCGUUGCCACGGUGAGCUGAGUGGGUCCCACCCACUUUGAUUGAGACCACUCCCUCCCAUAGGAGCAAAAGAGAGAGCAAAAUCCUCUCCCACACCACUCCAACUAUCAACAGUGAAUAAAAGUACUUCACAUGGAAAACAAAGAACAACCAAACAUAUGAGAAAACAUUUAUCCAUACAACUGUAUAUAUACUGACAUAAUUUUUAAAAGUAUAUUUCUCAAAAAAGCCCAGCUCUUAGAAAUUUGUACAUGUUAAGCUUUUCAUAUGAAAAUAAUCCCCCAGCCUCCCCUUUGCCACACCCCCUGCUUUGCAUAAUAGGGUUGUAUAUAACAGUACAAGCCUAAUAACACCCCAUCCUUUUAUUUUGUUAAAAAUGUUUUCCUUCUACUUUUAUACAAAAAAGUCUUUAUCCUAUUAUAUCUUUUUAUAAGUUGGAUAUAUAACCCGAUGGAUACACAAGCCAUGCUCCAUGAGUGUAUGUGUGUGUGAGAUGAAGAAAAUGCAUAGUAAAGGACCUUACUGACCUUUCACUGUUGGGCAUUGGUCAGAACAGGGGGAUGGUGACACUGAUGUUUUAACGAGGUCUCCAAGGUGCGUCCUCAGGUCCAAAUGAUCGAAAGUCCCAGGCUAAUUCCUUUUGGACAGAGGCUAGGAAUGCGGAGGGUGACAGAAACAUACCCAUGAUCUGAGGCAGCUGUCGAACCCGAGUUCUCGCAGUCUCCCAGUAGCCACAGAUUCCGUGACCCUGUGCGGAUUGACAUCUCAGCCAGUCCCAGGAGCGGGCGGAAACGUCGAGCUUUCGCGCACAUCUCUGCACACUUGAAAACACGUGCUCUUCUCACACACACAUACACAUGGCGUGGUGCUGUCAUCGGGUUAUGCAUCUGCUGGAUGUAAGAGGCAGGUUAACACAACGCGUGUGCGGCCUUAAGGGGCUGCUGUCAGACUGGCGUUCAGCUGUGUUCUGGGGACGGGCUAAAAGUUGAGUUUACAGAGAGGUAGUUUAACCAUCACCCCGGCACGAGUACGUAGAUGCUAACAGUUUAAUUUUCCAGAUUGUGUGAAAAAUAAACAGAAGAUUGUAAUGUUGCUAAAACUUAAAAUAAGUUAUAAUGUCCUGUAUGACUUUUUCUCCUUACUUCCACUGUAAUUUUGACAGGUAAACCCUUGUCUGUAAAUUUUGACUUUGGUUGAACAGUAAUGUCUGUUUUGUGGGCCAGGUGGAGCUGACAGCCUCUCCACCUUGUAAGAUAAGCAAUGUAUAAAGGGAUCCCCGAGCGCACAUCCUGUCUUGCAUGACCAGAGCGAGUUCGCUGUUAGCAUGUCAGCUGCUUCUGCAUAGGCUCCAUAUUAAUAGCAUCGUUUGUCAAUAAAGCAACACAAGACGGCACUCCUGUAAAAA